AUGCCCAGCAGCCUCGUCUGGGCCGUAAUCGGCAUCGAUCUCUUGCUCUUUGCCUGCCUCCUCCUCGCCGUGCUCUGGCGCCGGCGCCGCUCUGCUCGUGCUCCUCCUCCUCCUCCGCCGCCGCAGCCGCAGCGCCGUGAUUUCGUCAUCGUGGACGUCAACAAUGUGCGUGGUGGCCGGCGCUUUGACCGGGACGUCGACGAGGCGGUCGCCGGCCUCGUCUGGUGGGCCUCCAGUCUGCCUGGCCGGCCUGCCGUCGUGCUCGCGGUGGAUCACGGACCCCAGGCGUGCACCUAUGCGCUCGAGGGCACGCGUUGUCUCGUCUGCUUCGCCGGGCCGAACAUGGAGGCGGACGACACCAUUGUCUGCUCCACCUACUUUUGCGCGCGCCGCGCCGAGCCGGUGGUCCUCGUCUCGUCGGACUCGAACCUGCGGCUGCGCUGCGCCGCGGCCGUCGCCAACCCGCGCAAGGACGGGAUCGCGCGGCCCGUCAAGCGCGGCGGCGGCCGCCUCUCCUACCUGCCUCGCGACGGUGCCAGCCUUCCGGCCGCAGGAGUCCUGCUCGCGCCUCGGCCCGGAGAGGGGGCGGAGCAGCUGCUGCUGCGCGACAUCGUCGGACCGGCGCCCCUCUCGGCCAAGGCGAGCGCCGCCCUCCGGUACAGCCGCCGGGAGCGCUCCGGAAUCAAGUCCGAGCUGACGUCGAUGCGCGUCACGCAGGCCGAGACGCUCUUCCACCGCCUGGAGCAGUCUCGCUUCGCGAGCCUGGUGGCGGGCCCGGCGCCGCCGGACGCGGAGCCGCUCAUCGCGCACGCCGCGUGGCUCAACGACUUGGAGGCGCUCGAGGCGACGCGGCGGCGGCUUGGGGCGGAGAUGCGGGGGUACUGGGAUGCGCAGGUGUUUCCGAAGUCCGAAAGAGUCGAGGCGGAAUAA